AUGUACUCAACAGAAGACACGACGCAAGAGUUAAAAGAAAUUAUAUCCUGUCAAGAAGAUAAAAUAUGCAAGUUAAAUAAAAAACUAGAAGAGUUUGAUUCAGUGGUUUCUGAAAGAAAUAAAUUACGAGAAAUUUUCAAACAAUUUGAAAAGAGUCAUGAAGACAGUAUGAACGCCCAUAAGAAAGCGUUUUGCGAACUAUCAGCUACGUGUGACGAGCAAACGAAAAAGCUUAAGGAAUGCUCGAAUUCAGAAUAUCAAUGGGAACUCAAAUGCGGGAAACUAGAAGACGCCAACAACUGUAUGUAUCGUGAGAUCAAAAUUCUAAAAUGUAAUGAAAGUAAAUUACAAUCCCAGUUAGCAGAGACCGAAGUAACUUUGAAAUGUGUUCAGAAAGAAUUAUGUCAAACUAAAAUGAGUUCUGAUAAUGUUGAUAAAACAGAAAAGACUCAAAUAAUUACAAGUACUUCAAACGCAGAUAUUGAUGUAGUAAAGCCACAAGCCCCACAACAGGAAUUGGAAAAAUUAAACAAAAAUGAAAUUGAACCUGUACAAAUUGAAGAAGACAAAAAUCUUACACUCUAUAAUCAGCCGGAACAAGGAACAUCAUUGAAUUGUGAAUUGUCUUAUGAUAAAUUACCACCUGAUUGUUGGGAUCGAAAUCAAGUUAAAUACUUUACUGAUGAGUAUAAUUGGUUAUACAUACAUAACAAAAAGUUGGGUUGCAAAAUAUGUAAGAAGGCUAAUUUAAAUUUAAUUAAAAUACAAGGAAUGCAUGUUUCAAAAGAAUGGUGUGAUGGUAAUAUAACAGCAGUCGGUGAUGAUAUUAGUAAGCAGCAGACAAGUCUCAGGAAAAAGAUCUCAAAACAUAAAAACACUCAGGUGCACUUAAAAAUUGAACGAAUGAUCGAUCAAAGUAUGUUAGAAGUAAUACCAAAUCAUUUACAGAAUCUUUCAACUAUUAAUAAUGCAUUAACUGAAAAAAUAUUUAGAACUGCAUAUUUUAUUGCCAAAAAUCAAAGGCCAUAUACUGAUAUGCCCAAACUUGUAGACCUCCAUGUAAAUAAUGGUUUGGAAAUGGGUCGCAUUUUGCAAACUGAUAAGGCUUGUAGUAACAUAAUAGACCAUAUAUCUUCAGAAAUGCGGAAAAAAAUUUGCAAAGAUAUAGUAGAUAAUGGAAGAAAAUUAUGUAUAAUUGUGGAUGAAUCUACUACAAUCAGCAACAAAACUAUGCUGGUAAUUUGCUUAAGAUCUGCUAUCGCUCACGAAGAAGACAUAAUAACUUUCUUUUUUGACAUAAUUGAAUUACAAAACACAUCUGCAAGUACAAUUUAUGCUGCUAUUAUAGAUGAUCUAUCAAAAUAUGGAAUCAACCAUGAAUAUUUAAAAAAAAACUUGGUUGGUUUCGUUAGUGAUGGUGCAUCAAACAUGUUGGGAAGAGUGUCAGGUGUUGGUGUUAAACUACAAAAUGUUUACCCUAAUAUAAUUCUGUGGCAUUGCUGUAACCACAGGCUUGAAUUGGCUGUAUCAGAUACUCUGAAAGAAGUUCAUGGAACUAAUCAUUUUCAAAGUUUUAUUGAAAAACUAUAUGUGUUGUAUCAUCAAUCGCCAAAAAAUCGAAAUGAAUUGAGCUUAUGUACAGCAUCUUUAGAGCAAAAGUUAUUAAAUAUUGGUAAAAUAUUUACCAUUAGGUGGGUCGCAUCUAGCGAGAAGACUUUGAAGGCUGUUUUUAAUAAUUACACUUCAUUAUAUAAGCAUUUUUUCAAUGCAUCUAAUGAUAGUCAAAGAGAAUCAAAAGAAAAAGCUAAAUAUACUGGACUGAAGAACAUUUUGACAUCAGUGGAGUUCGUUAAUAAUUUAGGCAUAAUGUAUGAUGCUUUAUCGGAACUGGCAGACUUAUCUUUACAACUUCAAAAUAGGAAUAUAUCUCUUUCAGUAGCAAAUAAUUAUAUUGAACGUACAAUUCGUGUGUUUGAUUCCAUGUCUGAACAUUAUGGACCAAAAACAGAAGAAGUGGUUGAUGCAUGUUCAAAACUAAUGUUUAAAGAUGUUCCAUUAACAAAUAACCGUAGUGUUCCAAAAAUUAAUUCAGGACAGUUUUUCAAAAGUCUAGCCAACAACAUGCGUUCUAGGCUAUUUACUUUUCAAGCAUCUCAUUCAGCAACAUCAGGUAAUAUAUUUAAAGAAAAAUAUGAUGAGCUCCUUAAAGACUUGGAUGUACUGAAUGAACAAAAUUGGCCAGAUAAACAUGACAUUCAAUAUGGAGACAAGAAUGUAAGGAGGUUGGCUAAAAUAUUUCAAGUAGAUGAAACAUCUACCAUUAGGGGUUUUCGUGAAUUUAAGGACACACAAAAAUUGUCACUCAUUCACUCAUUAAGACCAUUAAUAGUUGCAAUUAAUACAGUAGCAAUUUCAUCUUCUGAAUGUGAAAGAAGUUUUAGUAGCAUGAAUAAUACGGUUACUUGGAAAAGAAAUACAUUAACGCCAAACCAUAUUUCAUCAUUACUAUUAAUACAAUGUGUAGGUCCACCCACUAAUAGUUUUAUACCAAGUAGCUUUGUAAAAUCUUGGAUAUUAAGUGGUAAAAGAGAUGCAGAAGAAAACUGUUGUCCAAAAAGGACAAAAUUGGAAGAUAAGAAAAAACAUACAUAUGAUAAGUUAUGGAAUUAUUUAAAUAAAUAG